CAGCCAGAGAGACAGCACACAACUCAACAUGCAGUGCCAUUUUAAUGGAACUCUGCUGACCCGAGUCCUCCCUCCACUGUUGGUGAUAGAGAUCAUUCUGGGGCUCCUUGGAAAUGGUCUGGCCCUCUGGAUCUUCUGCCUCCACCUGAAGCCCUGGAAGAGCAGCACGGUGUUGCUCUUCAGCCUGGCGAUGGCCGACUUUCUGCUCAUCAUGGCUCUGCCGUUCCGUGCCACCUACUACUGGUAUGGGGUCAACUGGAUGUUCGGAGAGGCUCUCUGCCACACCUGCCUGUUCAUGAUGGCUAUGAAUCGCAGUGUAAGUACCAUCUUCUUGAUGGCGAUCGCCGUGGACAGGUACAUGCGUGUUGUGCACCCCCAUCAUGCCAUUAACUCUAUGAGUGUCUUCAAAGCCUCUCUAGUAGCACUUGGAAUCUGGAUAGUCACCAUUGCAAUGACUGCACACGUCUUCAUGUCAAAACAUCUCAUCCUAUCUUCCAAACAUGCCAACAACACGUACUGUGAAAGCUUCAUGGUGGAGACCGACCCCCACACCAAUAUGAACUGGCACAAGUUUGAGUUCCUCUUUUCCUUCUACUUGCCGUUGCUUGUGAUUCUCUACUGCACCAUCCACAUUGUCAGCCACCUCAGAGGCAGACAGCUGGCCCAGCAUGCAAAGAUCAAGAAGGCUCUGGGCUUCAUGAUAUUGGUGGUGGUGCUCUUCAUCACCUGCUUCCUCCCGAGCAACCUCACGCAGGUGGCGAUUUGGAUCAAGACCAAUCAGCUGAUCGGAGACCACACCGCAUCGGAAGUCUGUGACGCCUUGGAGGAACUGACCAGCGGAUUCUACAUCUCCAUCAGUCUGACCUAUCUCAACAGCGUGCUGGACCCCGUGGUCUACUACUUCUCCAUCCCUGCCUUCAAGAACAUCUGCCGCAAAGUGCUUCACCUGCCCCGAGAAGAGCAGACUGAGAGCACUGGGAAGAAGCCUCGAGAAACCGCCUCCCACUCACUCAGCCAGCUGUGAUCAUGCAGAGAAGAUCAAGGAAAUCCCGUUUUGAUCAAAAGUCACACAUUUCUCUGAAAGUUAUCACGUCAACAAAGUGUUACUUUUACUUCUUAUAUUUAUCAAAUACAACUUUUGGCUGGCGCUUGUCUUUUCAAGACAUUUGCUGAUGGUAAGUUAUGAAAUAAUUUGCUCAAACAAAACAGUUAUCCACCUAAUUGUAAAAGAUUAAACAUUUUACAGGGGUCACGGAAGAGAGGAGACUUUAAUCAUGUCUGUUACAGAACAGCAUGUACUCACACCCACUCCAUGAGCUUCUGUUCACACCACACCAUACAAAACUGGCAGUAAAAUCAUGAAUGUGUCAAA